AUGUCGCUUGCCGACAUCCCCGGCAGCAGAUUCAGCAUCGCUGAUCGCUCCGCCCAGGACCGAUUUGCGGAGCUUACUGCAGUUGCCUGUCUCAUCGCCAUUGCCUGGUAUAAUGCCUUGGAAUUGAUCGUUCUGUGCUUCACCACCUUCAAGCGAUAUGGCGGGUGUUAUUUUUGGUGUCUCCUCAUCUCCUCCUUCAGUGUCAUCCCUUUUGGUCUCGGAUAUCUCCUCAUCAUAUUCGACAUCUACAGCAACAUGUUCCCCGUGGCGAUGGAGCUGGUUGCUUGGGUUGGGAUGGUAACGGGCCAAUCCCUGGUUCUCUGGUCUCGAUUGCAUCUUGUCUGCCACAACCCAAACGUCCUCCGCGCCACUCUCGCCAUGAUCAUCGUCGAUGCGAUAAUCCUACACAUCCCCGGCUCCGUCCUCGAGGUCGGCAGCCAUUCGAGCAAAUCCGCCCUAUUCGCCAGCGGGUUUAACAUCUUCGAGCGUAUCCAAUUGGUCGGGUUCUCCAUACAAGAAAUCAUCCUCUCCAUCAUUUACUCCUGGGAAGCUGUACGGCUCCUGAAUCUCCGUCCAAGAGGCCACUACCGAGGCACCCUGGUCCAACUCCUGAUCGUGAACGUAGUCAUGAUUCUGAUGGACGCCGCCAUUAUAGGAGCACAAUACUCGGAUCUUUUCGACAUCCACGUUACCCUCAAGGCAAUGGUCUACAGCAUCAAGCUCAAGCUGGAAUAUGCGAUCCUGGGAAAAUUGGUGCACGUCACCGAGGUGGGUGGCAGCAGCUCGGCCCACACCGACCUGUCUGAUUUCGUGGAUCUUUCUUUACAUAAUGCUCGCACGACGCAGCCGGAUAGCGAUACGUUCACAGAGAAUCCAGAGUACGGCUCGCACAUUCGUCGUACGCGAGCGCCCUCCAAGGGCUCGUCCACUGACCCGCUAAGAAGGAGUCUCUCCGCUGCACAGAGUCCGAGUUUGAAUAACUCGGACUACCCAUGA